CGCGCCAGACGCCUUCGCGUCUCGCGGCGUCUCGGUGUUGGACAGUCUUCGCGACGAAGCCAGUCGUAAUUCUGCGUAGUCGUCGUCGUCAUCGAGAGAACAGCUGCUUUCGGUCUGAACUCCCGAUCACGAUUGAGACGAGAAAUACCUAUUAAAACGGUGUUCGAAAUACGUUGUGACUGUAGUGAACCAGACGUUGAAGAAAGCUGUGUACCGGAGUAGUAGAACAGUGAGCGAAAUUUUACGAUGAACGCUACCGUGAAUUGAAUUAGCAUCGAAAGAAAUACAACGCAUUACUGGAGGUUCUACGGUCAUUUGUUUCUAUGGUUCAGGCAGCCAAUUUAGUAGUAACUUUUUUUUGUCUUGUGUUCAAUCCUGCAGUUCACCGACCACCGAUCAGUACGAACGUAUCCGAAGGUUGCUGCCCGUGCGUGCAAUUUCACAAUUGAAAUUUUAAAGUAAAAAAAUAUUUUUUUUGAGAUUUAUAUAUAUUUUAAUGUCGGUUACAUGAACUCAAUAACCUUACUUUUUUAUUUACGAUCACCCUAACCUCACUUUUUGUGACGGAUUCACAGCGAAGGUAGAAUGUGAAGCGCGGGAACGCGGGUUGCUCGGCCGUGCGACCAGGGGUCAGUGAAGGGUCGACUGGCCGCUGCGGCUGAGGGGCAUGCCCAGGCUGGGGCACGUCGGGGCUGGGGCGAAGACCCUCGGAGUGGCGCUGUGCGCGCUGCUGCUGGGCGGCGCGGGGGCCUCGCGCUGCGAGCUGGAGGAGCCCGGGACAGGCGACGGGCAGAAGGGCCGCGCAAACCACCGAGUGAAGCUGCUGUUCCCGCUGCUGAUAGCCAUCUCGGUGAGGCUCGGCGCGCUCGUGCCCAUGGUGGGGUCGCUGCUGGCGCUGCUCCUGGCUCUCGUGGUGUUCGCCAAGAAGGCGCUCCUCGUCAGCCUGGCCACCCUCGGCGUGGUCCUCGUCGACAAGCUGAGGGCGGCGCCGGCUCAGCGGCCGACACAGCCGCCCCGCCACGAGCACGUCCUCCUGAGGCCCGGCAGCGACUUCCACAGCGAGAAGGAGUACCGCAACAGCGUGCAGUACGGCGACAGUGAUGACGAGGACUACUCAUAGCCCUCGGCGGAGCCAUGACCGAAGUAUCUUCACGUCAGGCCGGUCUGGAGGGUCAGGAAUGUCUUCCUCAGAGCGGAGUACCGCAACAGCAUGGAGUACAGCGACAGUGCUGAUGAAAACUACUCAUAGACAUCGAUGGAACUAUGACUUAAGUAUCUUCACGUCAGGCCAGUCUGGAAGGACGGGAGAGACUUUUACAGCGUGGUGUAUGGCAACAGUGCUGACGAAGACUACUCCGAAUCCUGGUGGAGCUAUGACUGAAGUACCUUCACGUCAGUCGUCUGGAGGGACGGGAAAGACUUAUAAAGGAAAGAGUACCGCAACAUCAUGAUGUACGGUGAGACAGUGCUGUCGGUACCUACUUCGAGUCCUUGGCGAAGUUAUGACAAAUUAUCUUCCAUCGGACCGGUCUACAGGGAUAUGAGUAAAUACCACAGCGGUAAGGAUUUCCGCAACAGCAUGGGGUACGAUUAGGUCUGGGCGGAGUUAUGACUGAUGUAUUUUUUACAUCAGACCGGUCUAGAGGGGUGGGAGCAACUUCUGACUGUGAGAAGGACUCCCCAAACAACAUGGCAUACAGCGACAGUGCUUACGAAAACUACUUCAAGCCCUGGGCGGAAUUAUACUGUCAGGCCACCUGGACAGACAGAAUCAAUUUCCACAGAGAGGAGUACCACAUCAUCGCGUAUGGGGACAGUACAGAUAAAAAUUACUCUGAGCUCUGGGCGGAGAUAUGACUGCUCAAUAAUUCUGUGUGGUAGCUUCUUUGAUGAUGUGAUCGUCCUGAAAGCUGGACUGUACCCGUGUACAAGUUGCAGGGCGUUAACUAUGGCGUGCAUGCGCAGAACACUGCAGACAUCAAAUAGUCUGCUUGUGAUGAAAUUGGAACAGUCAUACGAUGAUGUCACCUACUGUCUGAUCACGACAGUUUUGUGGUAUCGUUCCACGUAUGAUUUUAUGUGCAUUGCUUUUACACAAAUACAUGGGAGGCCGCCAUAUCAGACAAAAUGUUUCAUUGUUUCCUGUCUUAUUUUGUGUGAACCUGACUUUUGAGUGGUAAAGACACAUGAGAAACAUCCAAAGUCACAUUUUAAAUGUCUCUCAGGUAUUGAGAGCUCUUCGAUUUGUUCUGAAAGUAAAGGGGCCUUACAAACCUUCAUUCUCUACUUGCACUGCACUGCUCUAGAUGAUGUGAAAUAAAUAUUUCAAAAUUACAAUUGAAUGAAAACUUGAUUUUGAAGUCAUCUUCACUUAAAUUCAACAUUCAUAUUUAAGUAAAAUUAAAUUCAAACCAUCGGUUAUUGCUAAUAAAAACUCAUUUUAUCAAUUCUAAAAGUUCUGAUAUAAAAAUAGAUACAUAUAUUUAAAAAAAAUUGUUGCACUAUUUUAUUUUGAAAGACAUACUCUACUUUUUUCAGUGAGAAGUAACCUCAAAAAUCACCAGGAGACCGCAAUUCACCCAAAAUAUUGUGUUGGACAAAACAAAACAAAAGUGGCAGAGCAAUAGAUUACUGAGCCAAUACAUCUAACCAAAUUUUGUAAGUUUUUUUUUGUCAAGUGAUUUUUACAAAGUUUUCAGACCAAUGUUAGAAAAUUUCUUACAUUUAUAUAAUUCCGCACCAAUUCAACCACACAGUCGAUUAACACAAUGUGAUGCAGAGACUAUUACAGUAAUGAUCAUGUGUAUUUUGCCAUGGAACAAUUUUUUACAAAAUAUAUUUAAGAUUACUCAA